UUUCAAGUGACCGCCCACUGGCAGCCAUUCCACGCAACGAGAGAGGUGCUUGCUAGAGCAGGAAACGAAUCGGCCCUUUCAAUUCACGUUUCGCCGGCUUAGGUUCCUCGUGUUUCAGAAGAGUUGGGGGUUAGGGGUUUGGGGCAGAAGCUGCGAUAUCCGGGCCUCUGCCGAGCUGUGUCAAAAUGUCUUACGACGAUGUGGAAAUCGAGGAUAUGGAGUGGAACGACGAGAUUCAAGCUUUCACAUACCCCUGCCCCUGUGGUGACCUCUUCCAGAUUACGAAGGCUGAACUGAAAAUUGGCGAAGACAUUGCCCGCUGCCCCAGCUGCUCCCUUUACAUCACCGUGGUUUACAAUCCGGAGGAUUUCCAAGAAGAUCAACCGCCCCAAACACAAAACCUGGGAUUAGCGAAAGGAGCUUCCGCAGUUAAAGUGGCAUGAUUUCAUGAGUUCCAUAGUUGGCAAGCUGCGGGGACAGUUUUGUCUGUGUUUGUUAGUUUCACCUGACGCGAAUUAAGCCUUAGGUUAAGGUGUACGAGGUGGCUUUUUUUUUAAAAGGAUGGGUGCUCGAUUCGCCCUACAACUAUGCAGCCAGCUCUGAGCUACUGCUGCACAACGAGCAGCCAGUAUGGGUUGAUUAGGGUUUGUGUUAUUCUAACAAUUGGUGCAUUGAGAUUGUCCUUAGAGUACCCAGUGAGUAUGGCUUUGUACGAAAGUUAAGGAGAAUGCUUGAAUCACCGAAGCGUUUUUCCUUCGUUUAUUUUUAGGGUUAGGAAAAGAUAUUUCAUGCCCUGCAUGAUUUAUCUGAUGAAAAUUAAGAGUGGGUUAUAGAGGUUAUUUGGGUCCUUCGGAAUCAGUCGGUGCUUUAGUGCUUUAAUGUUAUAGUUAGGAGGUCAAAGUGAUCUCGAAAUUUUUACAAUCUAUAAAAUUUUCCUGGUGGUGUUGACCAUCCUACUUGCAAAUA